AUGGUGAACCUGGAAAGUUUGACUCAAAAUUGCAGUGAAUACUUCUCAGAUGAAAUUGACAAACUAAUUAAAGAAACUGAUACCAAAAAUAUAUUGACUGUUCCACUAGAAAAGAAUUUUUUUCCAGAAAGUCUUUUGAAUUUUAGUUGGGACCCUCUUUUAAAACAUCAAGAUCUUUUGGAAACUAAUUUUGAUGAACUUAUCGACGUGACAUUGAAAAAAGCUGUAUCGGAUAACUUGAUGACUACCACAGAAAACGAUGACUAUUCACACAAAUUGGUGUUUACCGCUACUAUACUAGACUUCUGUUUACAUUCUAGGGCAUUUAGGAAAAACCCUGAUAGCUGGAUUAAUGCUUAUUUUACUCUAUUUGGCUUUCCAAUUGAGCUUCUUGAUUGGAGCAGUGAAUUACUCCAUUUUUGGCCAUAUGCAGAAUCGCGCCUGAAAUGGUUUCAAAUGGGAGGCAACCGUGUUAAUGAAGAAUUCGAUGGGCUAUCUCGUUUGAUCAGCUACAAACCACCAGUUGCUGAGAAAUUGCGCCGAUGGAACGAAAUGCUGAGUAUUAUUAGGUACAACAUAAGCUUGAACACUCCUGCACACUACAAAAUGAAAUAUAACCUUGAAAAAUUUAUCUCUGAAUUGUUACCGUUUGCAGAAGAGUCUAACUUCAACAGAUCCUCCAGUGUUUCACGGAAUCAGCACUCCGGUAAUCCUUGGAAUAAGCCCGUCUCAUCGACUAAACCGGCUACGGCUAAAGAAAAGAUGGCAAGUGACUAUAAAUUUGUGUUCGAUAAGCUUUUGACAUGCCCUCUUGAGUUUGCCUUUAAACCUUUCGACUUCAAACGCGAAGUGGAAAGGACAGUGUCGCCAUUUUUGGACGCGUUAUUUGACUAUGAAUCUGAAUUUUACAAGACCGCCAAAAACAUACACAAGAAGAACUUAGCCUCGCUGGAAAAAUUGAAUGAGAACUUUUUUAGUGAUUUUACAGUUAUCAACUCAAAAACCCCAAAUUACUUGAAGACCUCUGAUGCAGUUAAAAACAAACAACAAGAGCUUUGGGACAACGUCAUAUCGGUCUUGGGGAACGACAAAAUUAUGAGACCUACUGUGUUUGACCUGAAUAUGUCAAAUCCAAGUACAUUCUAUAAUCAAAUAACCAAGACGGAAAACGAUUACUACAGAAAGCAGUUUGUACUACAGUUAGUAUUCUCCCUUAAUAUGGUGGAGAGACUUUUGACAAAUCCAAACGUGAAAGAGCUUUACAAAAAUGUGUGUCAGAAAGAGGAUACCCUCAAAUUUAUCCAUUUUGAUAAACUAAGUCCAAAUGAAAUCGAAAAAAGCAUUUUGUUUUGCAAGCAUAUCUGCGAAAGGCGUGUCACCACAUUCUAUUCUUUUAGAGACCCCACAUUUAAUAACAUCAUUGUGGAUUUGAUAAGACAGAAUGACCAUUCAUUGACCCAGAAAAUAGAAAAUUUCAAAGCCUUUCAAGGUUUUGCGCUCCCAACGGUAUCGAAGGAAUCGGUUCCAGUAGAUUACUCAUUUAAGAAAUUCGGAUUCAUAAAAAUGGGAAACAAACAGGUGAAUAAUAUUUGGAAAAUCCCUAGUGGAUUGGAUGCUGUGAAAUCUGACGUUUUGAAGCCUCAAGAACUUUAUGAAAACUUGAAACAAAAAUGUGAAGGGUCAUUGGAGGAGGAUGAAACAAGUGGAGAAAUUGUUAAGCAAUGGCAAAUUUUGCGUAGUUUAAGACCUAGAUAUCUCUUUGAAUUCAGCAAAAUGGAUGAAACAGUUGGAUUGAGGGGACUAUUUGACAGUUCGUUUGCGCAAAAAUCAGAACAGGAGAAAAAAAAGCUGAGGGAUGAAUUGUUGGCCAAUAUCAAAAAGCCGCAUAUUGAAAGGCUUGCUUUGGCAAGAAAGAGCAAGGAAGAACGGCAAACUCGCAAGCGGAAAUUAGAGGAAGAGAAUGAAGUAAAAGAUGAUAAAAAACUCAAAACAGAGGUAGAUGAGCCCAACCUUGCCAUUGUUGAUUCUAAUCAAACAGAUGCUGUUUCAGAUGAAAAUGGGACCCUCAAACAUAACCAGCCCAAGGGUGAUGCGAAAGAAGAUAGCGCUGAAGUGGAAAAACCAAAAGAAUCAUCAGAAGGUAUCUCAGAAGAACCCCGUGAAACCACUUCAUAA